AUGGCGUCGAGUUUGCUGGUGCUGCUCGCAGAUGUGGAGGCCAGCAUCCAGAAGGUCCAAGGAGCGCUGCAUUGCGAAGAAGAUGCUUAUCGUCAUGAGAUCGACAUGGCAUCUAUCCUUGACGGACACGAAUUCGAAUUGGUGCAAGAGCUAGCCGAUGCCUGCCUUCUAGCUGUCGGUGCAGCAGUGGACCAUGUCGUAAUCCCAGUGCAAGCACCGGUAGAAUCAACAAGCUUGGUGGAUGAGAUUCAAGAACUUGAGAUAUUGCUGGGAGAAUUGCUGCCCAAAGCUAACCCGGACGAGAACGAUGACGACGUCGAUGGGGGCAGCACUGCCAGUACAGUCAGCAGUUGUAGUAGUAUCAGCAGCAGCAGCGCAACCCCUGAACCCGACCCGACAACCCCUCGACAGGCUGAUAUGAAUAGUCCUAAUCGAAAGAAACGAAAUCGUCAAGCAGGUUCUCGACGGCGGCACGAACAUCGAGCGAUGUGGGACUGUUUCGAACGGUCGUGCUUGCAAACCCAUGCAGACCGCCAUCGCGUCGCCCGACUGUAUCGUCAUGAAGCACAAGUCAAGGUACAAAAGUGCGUCCGCGCUCGGCUGCAGACAGCUUCGAAUCGGCAAGCCAAACCUCUGGAACUGCUGCCGCCGCCGCCACGCGCGUCUCAAUACUUGGACAAAUACCACCAAACGCCGUUAACUACAAAGCGACGGACGUGGGCUCGGUCUACACUUCCUGCACCUACUGGAACCCCGUCCACGCUCAACGACCCCGUCAGCAUUUUGGUGUCUGUGUACCUCAACGACAACCGCGACACCAUGACACGUCUGUACGCGCACUCGUGGGGCGAUUUGCAAGCGAAAGCUCGAUACAAACUGCAGGUUGGGAAUGACACGUUCGACCAAUGGUUGCGUGAAGCAGCCCACAUCAAUCAUGCCGACGGCCGAUACAACAAGUUCGUGGUCAUUGAAUCGUUCAGCCAACUCCGUCACGGGGACAUCCUCUGUGCCAUUCAUGCGAAGACGUACCAGCAUACCCCGCAUCGACUGUCUCGACAUGAGCUGUCGAAACGCCAUUCAACGUUUUCUAGCAGUCCAAAGAGCCGUCCAAAGGUCGUUGACACCAGUACACGCCCAGCCAUGUCACCGAGAUGGGAUUAUAAUGGUCGACCUGUUGGCCUUUAAUAUAAGCAACAGUUAUUAAGAACUAAACUGAAAAUACCAUCCCCACCGGCAACAUGACGCAUUGUUGCGCUGCUUGUCCUGCGUUUGCAAUGGCUUGGUGGUUCUUGGCUUGUUUCUUGACCUCCUUGUCCACCCGACGCAAGUGCACUGUGCAUAGGCCGUUGGUCUUGGACAGCUUUUUGCAUCCGGUGACCGUGCACAGCUUGUCGCGGCGGUGGACUUCGCAGUACCCUCCCCCCCUAUCCGUCCGCACACAUCCGUCGAUUUGGCAGUUGCGAAAGCCUCCGUGUGUAGCACAGAAGUUGCCCCGUUGGGCCCCUUUAGUGCAGUGUUCCGCUUGGCAUCGCUUGCCUCCGCCAUGCGCGCGACAGUACCCCCCGCCCUGACUGCUCUUCAUGCAAUGCUGGUGCUUACAACGGGCGCCGCCGCCAUGGGCCUUGCACAAGCCAUGGGAUUGGGCGGCCUUUGGACACCCUAAGUGCGCGCACUGUUUCCCGCCGCCGUGGCCGAUGCAAAACUCUCCGUUUUGAGCAGACUUGUUGCACCCCGGGAGAGUGCACUUUCGUCCCCCGCCAUGCGCUUUGCAAAACCCUUUAGAACGGAUGCGGCGCCCGCAUUGGGGAACUUGGCAAAGCCCAGUGGCGGAGGUGGGGGGCGAGUCCGGCAUGUGAUGGGAUUUCAUGUGGGGGGAGAGAUGGCCCACAAGGGAGAUUGCGGACAGAGCCGUCGGGUAAAUGGUGGCGGCGGUGGGGGAAUCGUGUGUCGUGGAGGGGGUUGUCCCCCGCGGCGAGUGCGUAUUGGGGAGUCCGUCCAAGUUUUCAAACGCACUGCGAAGAAACGAUCCGUCCAUGGGGUGUAGUUCGGGAAAGUGGUUCAGGACGUGGGUCAUGUUCUGGGGGUUGAACGCCAUGGGCUCGAGGCUAUCGUUGGGUAGUUGAGAUGGCAACAUCGACUCCAUGUCCAGUGCCUCGUGUUUAAAACUGGACGCGGCGGGCUGCUCGUAUUCUGUGGAUUCUAUGGCAAAGAACGACGGAAGGAGGGAUUGCUCGCUACAGGGGGAGUUGUCCACGAUGCCUUCGAACUGGUGGAAUGGCUUCAACGCGGUAUCCCAGAGAUCGUUUAGAUCGUCGUUGACGACUUGGUCAUUGUGGAUGGACGCGAUGGGAACGAGGGGGUAGCUGAAUUCCAUGAGCGCUUCGCAAUUGAUGACUGGGAAAUAUCCGAGUGGCAGGUAGACCCAUCGUAAUGAUUGACGACACCAUCAUGGCUGCUUUCAACGCUGGGGUGUUGACCACAUGGCAUCA